UGGAGGGCAGGCAUUAUGCUGGAAUGAAGCCCAGGUGUGUCAAUGAUGGGGCAGUGUGCCCUGAGGCAUGGAAUGCUGUCUGUGAUCAACAGCAGUUUCCACUGUAGACUCUUUCUAGGCUGGGGCUUGUUUUCUGUACCAACAUCAACAUCUCUCUUCCCUGGCCCCAUUCCAGGCUUCAUUAAGCAAAGACUGCUAGGAAGUUCUGGACCCCCUGCCAGAGGGCAGGAACUAUGUCCUGUUUAGCCUUUAUUCCCCGUGCCUGGACAGGACAGCUCUAUAGGGCGCUUAUUCACUUAAGGGGUGGGGUCCUGGUUGAGAGGCGAAGGAUUUGGCAAGAGAGGGCAUGGGGGACAGAGACAGAGGAGCAAAGUCUGGGGAGGGGUGGGAAGUCCUUGGGAGAAGCGUGGAAAGAUACAAAGGAAGGCGAGCAGAGGACAAGGAAAGGGGGCUUCUCACCUUCCGGAUGAUCUGGCUUGGAGGAGGGAGGGGCCGCCAGCCGCCCUUGCAACCGUCACCUUGCCCCACCACGGAACUCGGGGUGCGGCCCUCGGCAGCCCUGGGCCAGCCGCCAGGUCCCCGCCCUCCGCAGGAUUUACUCCUGUCCCACCUUCUUUAGCCCAGGCAGCCUGGGAGGUUCCGCAGUCGCCGCUUCCGCCUUGGCCAGGUGGAGCUGGAGACCUGGUCUCUCUAGGGCCUACCCUGGGUGGAACAGCUAAAGGAGAGUGCUGCCACCCUUAGGGACUCCUCCUCCAGACAUGCUUCCUGAGGCUGGCUCCCUGUGGCUACUAAAGCUGCUCCGGGACAUCCAGCUGGCCCAGUUUUACUGGCCCAUCCUUGAGGAGCUUAAUGUCACUCGGCCAGAGCACUUCGACUUUGUCAAGCCUGAAGACCUGGACAGCAUUGGCAUGGGCCGGCCUGCCCAGCGCAGACUGUCGGAAGCUCUAAAGAGGCUACGAUCCGGGCCUAAGUCUAAGAACUGGGUCUACAAGAUCCUUGGAGGUUUAGCCCCUGAGCACAAGGAGCCCACCCUGCCCUCGCAGGGCCCACCGCACGUCCCUGAGCCAGAGGGGGGACUCAAGUGUCUGAUCCCAGAGGGUGCUGUGUGCAGAAGGGAGCUGCUGGGCUCCGGCUGCUUUGGGGUGGUGCACCGAGGGCUGUGGACGCUGCCCAGCGGCAAGAGUGUCCCAGUGGCUGUCAAGUCCCUCCGGGUAGGUCCUGAAGGCCCGGUGGGUGCAGAGCUGGGGGACUUCCUGCGAGAGGUAUCGGUCAUGAUGAACUUGGAGCACCCGCACGUGCUGCGUCUGCACGGCCUGAUACUGGGCCAGCCUCUGCAGAUGGUGAUGGAGCUGGCGCCACUGGGCUCCCUACACGCGCGCCUAACAGCCCCGGCCCCGACACCCCCACUGCCUGUGGCCCUACUCUUCCUCUUCCUGCGGCAGCUGGCGGGGGCCAUGGCCUACCUGGGGGCCCGGGGGCUGGUGCACCGGGACCUCGCUACGCGCAACCUGCUGCUGGCGUCGACGAGCACCAUCAAGGUGGCGGACUUCGGGCUGGUGCGGCCUCUGAGCGGCGCCCGGGGCCGCUACGUCAUGGGCGGGCCCCGCCCCAUCCCCUACGCCUGGUGUGCCCCAGAGAGCCUGCGCCACGGAGCCUUCUCGUCUGCCUCGGACGUGUGGAUGUUUGGGGUGACGCUGUGGGAGAUGUUCUCAGGCGGCGAGGAACCCUGGGCCGGGGUCCCACCGUACCUCAUCCUGCAGCGGCUGGAGGACAGAGCCCGGCUGCCUAGGCCCCCUCUCUGCUCCAGGACCCUCUACUCCCUUGCCUUGCGCUGCUGGGCCCCCCACCCUGCUGACCGGCCUAGCUUUACCCACGUGGAAGGCCUGCUGCAAGAGGCCUGGCCUACAGAAGGAUGCUGUGUGAGGGAUGUCACAGAGCCAGGUGCCCUGAGGAUGGAGCCUGGUGACCCCAUCACAGUCAUCGAGGGCAGCUCCUCUUUCCACAGCCCUGACUCCACAAUCUGGAAGGGCCAGAAUGGUCGCACCUUCAAAGUGGGCAGCUUCCCAGCCUCCGCAGUGACUCUGGCAGAUGCAGGGGGCUUGCCAGCCACCCGUCCAGUCCACAGAGGCACCCCUGCCCGGGGAGAUCAACACCCAGGAAGCAUAGAUGGAGACAGAAAGAAGGCAAAUCUUUGGGAUGUGCCUCCAGCACGGGGCCAGAGAAGAAAUGUGCCCCUUGAAAGGAUGAAAGGUGGAACUGAGUGUGCAUGGAGUCACCCACCAGGAGUGCCAGGCAGCACUGGGAGCCACCAGGGGAGAUGUGGUUUCAGCCAUCCAGAACCUCAAGGUAAAGCCAGCCCUGGCCAGGUGUGGUGGCUCAUGUCUGUAAUCCCAGCACUUUGGGAGGCCUAGGAAGGCAGAUCACCUGAGUCAGGAUUUCAAGAUCAGCCUGGCCAAUAUGGUGAAACCCUGUCUCUACUGAAAAUACAAAAAAUUAGCUGGUAGCCUGUAAUCCCAGCUACUCAGGAGGCUGAGGCAGGAGAAUUGCUUGAACCUGCAGUGAGUCCAGAUCGCACCACGGCACUCCACCCUGGCAGAGAAGACUGAAACUGAGUCUUAAAAAAAAAAAAGCCAGCCCCUUCUCUUGGGGUCCCUUCUCUCCUGCCCCUGCCACCUGGCAGUCAGCUGCAGCCCACCCUCCUGCUUCCACAGGUAGACCAGCUCUUCCACCUGAGUAGCCGGUCCAGGGCUGACUGCCGGCGCAUCCUAGAGCAUUACCAGUGGGACCUCUCAGCUGCCAGUCGCUAUGUCCUGGCCAGGCCCUGAGCUCGCUUCUGUGGGCAUGGACAUCAGCAUGAAAAGUCUAGGCCCCUGAGGGCCUAGCCAUGUGGGACCAAGCAGAACCAGAACAAGGUCCUGACGGGGGUAGACUUUCCACCUGGGGAGGUCCCACCUGCGAUAGACAUGUGGGGGAGGAGCCCAGGGUUGGGUGCUGGGAAAUGUCUCCUCCCUCCCAUGCUCCUUGGCCUCUGAAGGCUGAAGCUCUUUUGGCUGGGCCAAGAAGGGUCUAGCCUGCCCACUGCAUUCUCAAACAAGAGGACAACUUGGAGGAAAAGAGCUACUAUACAUCACAUCCAGAGGAAGCUUCUACUCGCUAGAGAGGAUGAUCAAGGGGCCACACUGGACCAUGCGAACAGCCAUCCUGAACUGCCAUCAGCUACCGCACUAGACUGUGGGGCAGCCAUCUUGGAUGAUGAAGCCGCCAUAUUGACUUGGGGUAUGAGACCCAAACUCUAUUCGUUUGGUCCAGGGCCAUGGUGGGUGAUGACGACUGCUCUCUUGCACUCAAGGACAUUUGAUGUUGGUACUAUGGAUCAUGAGACGGGCCAGCCCCUGCCCCAGCCCUCACAUUCCCCUUUGUUUUUCCUGGCACCAACUCCUUCUACCCUCCCCUAUUACAUACAUCUUCCAAUGUCCAAAAA